GUGAAGUGUAGACAAGAGUGUGUUUAGGUGUAUGUGUGUAUGUGUAUGAGUGUGUGUGCAACAGGAGACCUAGUGAGGAUGAGCAUUUCAAAAGUUUGUGCCCUGCUUCUGCUGACAAUAUAUGUGGUCUGUGUGACGUCAGCGAAACCAAACAGCCACAGACGGCACAAGCGAGAAUGGAUCCUGCCACCCUCAAAACUGGUGGAGAAUCUUGACUACACCAAACGAGAGUUCAUUGCCAAGAUUCGCUCAGACCUUGACAAGGGUCAAAGAGUGAAAUACAGCCUGACUGGACGAGGAGCAAGUGAGAGUCCUGUCAAUCGUUUUAUCAUUGACCCUGACACUGGCUUUGUCCAGGUCACUGAAAUUUUCGACAGAGAGGAAAUCCAUCAGUAUAAUCUGACUGGAAUUGCCACAUUCCUUAAUGGUACUCUGGCAGAAGACUCCAUUGAACUUACUGUCUUUAUCAUUGAUAAAAAUGAUAACCCUCCAACGUUCGAAAUCCACAUUGGCACUGUCAGAGAAUGCAGCACAGUCGGGGCCAUCAUAAUGAACGUGACCGCUCACGACGAAGACCAGAAAGGGACAGUUAAUGCAAAGAUCGCCUACAGCAUCCUCAAGCAAGAGCCUGCAGGUUCUGGAAUGCUGUUCUCCAUCGACAGGGACACAGGACAGGUGUCUGUGAAAGAGCCAACUCUGGAUCGGGAGACCAGCGAUUUCUAUGAACUGACUGUCCAAGGAGUGGAUCUGGAUGGGGCUCCAAAUGGGAUUACUGCAACUGGCACAGUGCAGAUUACUGUACUAGAUAUCAACGACAACGUCCCUACUCUUGAGAAGGAGGAGUAUGCUGGCAGUGUGGAUGAAGAAGCUGUGAAUGUGGUGGUGAUGAGACUCAAAGCUCUCGAUGUGGAUUUGAAGGACAGUGAUAACUGGCUGGCCGUUUUCAAUAUUGUUUCUGGAAAUGAAGAAGGUCUCUUCACAAUCCACACAGAUCCCAAGACCAAUGAAGGUAUCCUGAAGCUGGUUAAGCCUGUGGACUAUGAGAAGAUCAAAAAACUGAACCUUGGGUUAGAGCUUGAGAAUGUCGCUCCAUUCAUCAAUGGCACAGCCUUGGCUCUUGGAUUGGAUUGGGCAGAUGAAGAUGCAGGAGGUGAGGGUGGAGGUGGAGCUGGCAAUCCAAAAGAUGUUUCCCCUGAUGGUAAACCUGUUCAGCCUGGUACCAACCCUGGAGGGAAACCAGGGCCCAAUCCAUCCAAACCAGGGCCCAAUCCAUCCAAACCAGAGCCCAAGCCAUCCAAACCAGGGCCCAAGCCAUCCAAACCAGGGCCCAAGCCAUCCAAACCAGGGAAAAAGCCGCCUGGUAAAAGUUAUCCUAUUUCAAUUGCGGUCAACAACAUGCCAGAUGGACCUACUUUCAACCCGGAGGUAAAAGAUGUGCCACUGUCAGAAAACCCAGAGGAGAUUGAACUUCUCUCAGUCAUAGCUGUGUACCCAGCUGUAGAUGGUGAUACUGGAGAAGACCUAGAUAAUGUCAAGUAUGCUAAAGGAUUCGACCCUGACAACUGGUUGACCAUUGAUGAAGACACCGCAGAGAUCAGACUGAAAAAGAUACCAGACCGAGAAUCUUCAUUCCUAAAGAAUGGCACAUACUAUGCUGAGGUCCUCUGUGUAGCCCAAGAUGGAUCAGGAACUGCCACUGGAACCAUUGCCAUUAACGUACAGGAUUCUAAUGACCACUGCCCACAACUGACUAGCACAUACCAGAACGUCUGCACAGAUUCUAAAGUUGUGUACAUGUCUGCCAUCGAUGAAGAUUUCGGUCCCAACGGAGAACCGCUCCACUUCUCCAUCAUUUCAGAGGAGACCACAGGACCAUGGGAGAUAGAGAACCUCAAUGGCACAGCAGUGGCUCUGCAUCCAAUGGAGCCCUUAUGGCCAGGAGUCUACAUGAUCACGGUGGAGAUAACUGAUGCUCAAGGUUUGUCCUGCCCAGACAAGCAGGCACUGGAGCUGGAGGUCUGCACUUGCACAGAUGGGUAUGGCUGCAGUCUCAGAGGAUAUUUUGGUGCAGAUGGCUCAUCCUCCAGCUCUGUCAUUUUUGGAGCAUCAGCUAUUGGUCUUCUGUUGGCAGGGCUGUCUGCCUUAUUGGUGGUCCCCCUGCUGCUGCUGUUCUGCCAGUGUGGAUCUGUAGCUGGCAUGGCUGACCGGUUCAUGGACUUGCCUUUUGAUGCUAAGGAGUACUUGAUCCCAUACCACACUGAGGGCAAGGGUGAAGACAAGGGGGUUCCUACCCACCUGCUGCCGGUGACUUUAAUAGAAGCAGCACCUGUGGCCCUCUUUUCUGCAGCGGAGCAACAAACCACUCAAAUGUCAAGAACCUACAGCAAAACCACGCAGAGGAACUGUUUGGAUUCGAGCCAACCUGUGGAGAUGGACAUGAGGAGCAUGACAGAAUAUGCACCCAUGGGCCAGGCUUACACACUCAGUACUCACCAGAGAGGCUCAACAUACCGUUCCCUCACCCGGCAGGAGAGCAGUCUGUCAGGCUUGGUAGACAUCUAUGGAGAUAUGGCUUUACCUGAUGAUUUUCUGAUGGACUACUUCGCCCAGAAGUCAGCAUGCACAGCUGUGCAGGUUUCUCAGAAGGACAUGUUGCUGGAUUAUGGCUACGAGGGACAGGGAUCUCCUGCUGGCUCUGUGGGCUGCUGCAGUCUCCUGGGGUCUGAUGAUGACCUUCAGUUCCUGGAUGACCUGGGGUCACAGUUCUCCACCCUGGCCCAGAUCUGCAAGCCACCAAAACUGAUUCUGGAACAAAGCAAGACGUCACUGCAAGCAAUAACAGAGCGAGAAAGUUCUUUGUCUGUCAGCACUGUGAUGGUUUCCGAGGCUGUUCAUCCUCCACCAUCUCCUCCUCCUUCUCCUCCUCCUCCUCCUGUCCACACUGAGAUCUGCAGGACCAUCAGCAGCUCCUCUACUCUUCCCAGGAUUCAACUGUGCGAAGCCGUUGCCAUGCCGACCGAGACUGUGCUGGUGCAGCAGCAGCCCCUGUACUACGUGGUGGAGCCGCAGCAGGUCCAGAGCACAGUGCUGCUGGCUGAGAGGCCCCAAGUGGGUCUGGGUCAGGGAAUGAUCCUGGUCAACGGGAGCCAGGCGGCCACAGAGGGGGUGCUGAUGCAGGGGGGAGGCCUGGUGCAGGGGGCCCAGGGGCUGGUGAUGGCCCCAGGUGGUCAGGGUUUGGUGUUGCAGCAGGGUGGGCACGUUCAGGGUGGUCAGGGUUUGGUGUUGCAGCAGGGUGAGCACCUUCAAAGUGGUCAAGGUUUUGUGUUACAGCAGGGUGGCUAUGUUCAGGGUACUCAGGGUUUGGUGUGGCAGCAUGGUGGCCUUAUUUAGGGCGGUCAGAAUUUGGUGUUGCAGCAGGGUGGGCACAUUCAGAGCAGUCAGGGUUUGGUGGUCAGGAAGUCAGAAAGGUCACAUUCAGGGGUGCAGGAGUUGAUCGUCCAGGGCUUCAGUUCUGCAGUAAAUGAGAGUUUUGGAGGCUCAGGGGUUCUUGAUA